ACUGGAUAAGAUUGUUUUUAAGUUAAACAAACAUUUUACAUCUGUGUUUGUUUUGGACAUAGACAAGAACUGUAAAUGGCAAAAAUUAUCCUGUUUGCCUACAUAAUGUAACUUCUUUGCAAAUUUUCUUUCUCUUAGAAAAUAUUUAUCUACAUCACUGUGAAAAGAGAAAGCUUAACGAUAAAGGGCAACAAGAUCUCCUGAACCUGUUCAGUCUAGCGUCACUGUUGUACACACAGCAUGAUCAAACAUUGCAUUAUUGACAAUAUGCAUUCAGUGCUCCAGGCCAACAUGAGCCAGGUAGAGUGAACAGAUAGUUUUUUCAGCCUUUAUUGAAAAAAAGGACGAAAGGCCUUGUUUUUGAAGUAUGUAAUAUGCAUAUGUAUAUCGCUCUUCGAUUGAAUAUUGUAUAUUUUUGUGCAGCCGUUAGUUUGGAUGUAGAUUUAUUCUGAUCAGAGCGCGCACCUCAACCGUUUUCUCAACAGUAGCCUAUUCUAUGCUAACCAAAUGGUUAAUAGUAUGCGGAUGAGGACUGCUCGUGCUCAUCUUGGAUCAGCUGCUGCUGCGCUACGUAGUCCCCGUGCCCAAUUUUGAAGCCAGUCUGUAGGUGGAGCUACAGCAAACAUCUGGCCGAACCUGCGGGAGAGGAGUGCGGUUUUCUCAUUUACGACUUGUACAGCUGGUUGCUGCGUGAAGAUGAAUCGGGACUAAGGCACGGGGGCAUCAGGAUGGAACUGCCGUGCUAAAAUACUCGAUUCUGCGCUCGUGAAGCCCAAUGUGAGCAAUACAUGAAUUAGAUAAUCACAAUGGUGCGAACAUAACAUGGACUGUCUUUGCUCCUAGGCUGGAAACGAGGUAGGCAUUCUGGAGUAUGUCAUGUGCAGGGGAGAGCGACGAAGCCUGGAGGACGAUGCGCUUUUUACUGGGGGAGGCUCGUCUGCGAAAGAUGCCUGCGAAAUAGGUCACCGCUACGUGAUAUGCUUUAUUAAAAAGGUGAGGAAAGUGGCUUUAUAUCGUUGCUCCGACGGGAGACAGGUUUAUUGGGCCAGGGGAUUUUAGGCCUGUGGUGAUGAUUAUUAAUUAUAGCCUGUGUUAUUAAAUAAUUUGGGAAUGUGUUGAAAACGCAUGCAAUGAUAUUUUUCGUUUUAUUCCGAACCGCAACUGGCUAUGUCUGAAAUAAACGCUCGUUGAAUCGAUGGAAGGAUGUGUUCGUUUUGGAAAUUUAAUAAAGUACGCAAUAAAGCGCCACAGCAGACGGACCGCAGCUGGAUGUUGGACGGUGGUAUCAUUCGCGACACGCAGACUGUAAUGCGCUAGCGAGACAAUGGAUAAGUUUUUGCAGAUAGCACCUCACUCCCUGGCCAUAGUGCUGUCUCGGGCGGGCGAUGAGGAGGAUUCGCCCGAGGAACCGGGAGGGGAGAAGCCGCCGCCGCCGCAGCCGCAGCAGCAGCACCACCACACUGGGUACGAGAUAUUCGCGGACUUCAAAGCCGAGAACAUGCAACAUUUUUGGAAUAAAAAAGUUACUGACGCCAUAUCGGAGACCUUUUUCCUGGGGUGGAUUGACGAGCACGUGCUGCUGAUCCAAGGGAAAGAGGAUCACCUGGAGGUGCUGAGGGAAGGAUGGAUGAGGAGGGCUCUCAAACCGCCGCGAGGAUUCGAGAUCAAAUACCUGGGUGAUGUGUCCCCCAUCAGCAUGUCCCCCAUCAGCCAGUCCCAGUUCAUCCCACUGGGGGAGAUCCUGUGUCUCGCCAUCUCCGCCAUGAACUCCGCACGCAAGCCUGUGUCCCAGGAAGGGCUGAUGGAGCACUUAGCCACCUGUUUCCCAGGUGUCCCGACGCCCAGUCCGGAGAUUCUCCGGCACACCCUCAGCAUGCUGGUGCGGGAGAGGAAGAUUUACCCCUCCCCCGAGGGGUACUUCAUCGUCACCCCUCAGACGUACUUUAUUACCCCCUCGCUCAUUAGGACUAAUAGCAAGUGGUAUCACCUGGACGAGCGGAUACCCGACCGACCGCAGCAGCAAUGUACCUCCCCGCAGUCCGGGACGAUCACCCCGUCCGCCUCGGGCUGCGUUCGGGAGAGGCCCCACCACAAGAACCACUGCGACUCCUACAACAGCUACCGGGACGACCUGCACAGCAUCCACGCCUCCACCCUGCAGAGGAAGUCACCAAAGGACCUCAAGGACCCCCACCCGCCGCCGCCGCCGCACCCCCAGCACCAGGCCUCGGCAACGGAAAAGAGCAAGGGCACCAUCAACUUCUCCUUCAAGUCCGACACCCUGACCAAACACAAGGAAGGGAGCGGGGGCGGGGGCGGCGGCGGGGAGAAGCAGUCGAAGAAGUUCGGGCUGAAGCUCUUCAGGCUGAGCUUCAAGAAGGACAAGACGAAGCACCUGGCCACGUUCUCCGCCCAGUUCCCGCCGGAGGAGUGGCCGCUGCGGGACGAGGAGACACCGGCCGCCAUCCCGCGGGACGUGGAGGUGGAGAUCAUCCGGCGGAUCAACCCGGACCUGACGGUGGAGAACGUGAUGCGGCACACGGCGGUGAUGAAGCGGCUGGAGGAGGAGAAGGCCCAGCGGGGCAAGGCGGGGUCGUCGGCGCAGCACAGCGGGCGCAGCCGGCGAAGCCGGGGCCACCGCAAGGCGCAGGGGAAGUCCCGCUCGCACAGCAAGACGCGGGCGUCCCGGGGCGACCCCUCGGAGGGCUCCAACCUGGACCUGGCCGGGGUGGCGCGGGACUACCGGUUCUACAGCUCCUCCCUGGUGAGGUCGCCGCGCGACGCCAUGUUCUCCAUGGAGCGCAACCGGGGCAAGUACCUGGUGCACAGCAACCCCAACAUCGUGGAGUCCCACCUGCCCAUCGCGCCCGAGUGGGACGUGUCCGGGGAGCUGGCCAAGAGGAGGACGGAGAUGCCCUUCCCCGAGCCCUCGAGGGGGACGUCGCACUUCAAGGUGCACCGCAGCCACAGCCACACGCAGGACAGGAAGUCGCGCAACGAGAGGUCCGACAAGGCCAAAGAGCGGUCCCGGUCCAUGGACAACUCCAAAGGCCCGCUGGGGGCGGCCUCCAUGGGCCUGCUGGACGACUUUGAGUGCGGCCCGGACGACAGGAGCCGCUACUACACGGACGACGGGACGCUGCGGGCCUCCCAGGUGCCCCGCUACUCGCGAAUCAUGCUCUCCGCCGCCAGGUUCAACUCCGAGGUCUGCGUGCCCGACAUCGGGAAGGGCAACCCGGAGGACUCCAAGGUCUGCAGUCCGCUGGAGAAGAACAAGAGCAGGGACAGUUUGCCGGCCUACGGCGACCUGAAGGCCUGCUCGCCCAAACCCGCCGCCGAGGACUACUUUCAGUGCGGCGCCUCGAACGAAACGUCCCUCACCGCCCCGUCCCCUCUGGGAAAGCCCGAUUCCGACACUCUAAAACAUUCGGACGGGGUAAAGAAGGGGUCUCCCUCCGACCGGCAAACGCCCCAUCUCGCCUCGCCCCAUCCCGCGGAGUACAAAGAGGACGCGGCGAAGGGGCAGGGCGGCACGGGUCCGGCGGCGGCCGGCCAGGCGGCCGAGCCGAUGCCGAACGGACGCUCGAUACACCAGCACAACGCCGACCCCGGCGGGGGCGCGGACAAGCGGAAGGAGAUCUUCAGCAAGGACACGCUGUUCAAGCCCCCCCACAACGCGCUUUCGGGGGGCUACGCGGAGAGCGCCUACCCCAAGUCCGGCACGCUGCGGAAGAGCCCGCACGCGAAGUCGGCCGAGGUCCCGGGGGGCGCGGAGCACUUCGACAAGCCGGCCCAGAUCUCGCCGUCGCCGGGGGCGUCGGCCCCCCAGGCCCCCGAGCCGGCCCCCUCCUCGGCCGCCGCCGCCGCCGCCUUCGACUACUACAACGUGUCGGACGACGACGACUCGGAGGAGGCGGCGCACAAGAGCGCGGCGGCGGAGGAGAAGGGCCGCGAGGGGGGCGGGACCAUGCAGUGGCUGCUGGAGCGCGAGAAGGAGCGGGAGCUGCAGCGCAAGUUCGAGAAGAACCUCACCCUCCUCAGCCCCAAGGAGGGCGACAACAGCAGCAGCCAAAAAUCGCCCCACUCGGCCCGCCUGGACAGCAUGGACAGCAGCAGCGUCACGGUGGACAGCGGGUUUAACUCCCCACGUACGCGGGAGAGCCUGGCCUCCAACACCUCCAGCAUCGUGGAGAGCAACAGACGCCAGAACCCGGGCCACAGCCCUGGACACAUCGGCUCCAGUGCCGGGCCCCUCUUCAGCUUCCGAACCGGGCCGGAGCCUCCCCCAACACAGCCCGAGAAGCUGCAAAAACCCUCAAACUGCUUGGCUUCCAUCACCAGUGUCUGACAGUGAAGAGAACCCCCCCUCUCCCCCACCCCCAAAAUCGCCACCACCGCCUCCACCGCCUCCACCACCUCCACCACCUCCACCAACUCCACCAACUCCACCGCCUCCACCACCUCCACCAACUCCACCAACUCCACCAACUCCACCAACUCCACCAACUCCACCAACUCCACCAACUCCACCAACUCCACCAACUCCACCAACUCGCCUGUAGGACUCCGUACGCUAAACUCCGGACUGUUAAACUUACCGGCAUGACUUUUAAAACCCAACACAAAGACUGUUCCACUUGAUUAAGAUGUUGUCAAAAAAAUUGUUUUUAGGUUAUUGUCACUUUCCUGGAUUUUGUUUUUGUUUUUUUUUGUUUUUUUCCAAACAUAAAACAAGUUAGUGAAAGCUGUUUGUUUCUUGUUUUUGUUUUAGGAAGGUUAGAAAAAUAGUACUGAAUGCAUACUGCAGUCUAGCUUAAAAAAAAAAAACACUGCUCUUACUUUUGGGAAAUUAGUGUAAGCAAGAGGUACUUUUUUAGUUUCUUUCAUGCGACAAGUUUAUCAGCGGAUGAAGUGGAAGGGAAGUGUGUCAGAGACAAAAAAUGUUACACGUGCUAAUACUUAUUACUCAGAGUUGAGACCAAAACUCACUACAGACAUAUUAAAAGCAGGCCUUUGUCCAGACAGUGAAUGGCUUGAGCAGACUUGAAGUGCACCUAGAAUGGUUCUCUGGGGGAAAAAAACCCCCAGGGAAAGUUUUUGUAUGCACCAAGCCCUAAGCAAACACUAUUCCAAGCGCCACACUGGGUCAGAAUUCAACUUUUUUUUCAGUGAACAAAUCUAGGUACCCUUUAAAAACACAUUCUUAAAAAAACUGAACAAGUAAAUUUUGUUUAUACAACAUGAUUAUAGUUAGCGGCUAGCUGAUUGUGACCUGGCAGUUAUAAUUCAAAUUUAAAUGUGGUAACUGUCGAAUCCGUAAUCUCGGGUCAUUCACAGUCACUCUCUCAACCCUGCCAUUUCAUUGGCUGCGUAUAACUCAACCCAGAUUCAUACACCGCAUGUCUCUCGUCACUGCGAGGGACGCUUCUGUCCGAAAUCGAGCCUCGCGUGCUCUGUGUUGUUCCCGCUGUUUGACAAGGUGCCAGUUAGGAAUAGCAGGCUCUGUAUGCACCAUUCAAAGUUAAAACAAUCUCCCCAGGGCGAAUGCAUUUGAUCACUGGGGGUCUGAUGCUGCUGUGGGGUUUUUUCUUCUGCAUUACAGUACUUGAUAUAAAUCCAACGUAAUGAACUGGGUUCUAAGAACUUACGUUUACAUAGGAAUCAGGUCUUUUUUGGGGACAUCACAUCCUGUCUGAUGUAAAUAAGCAUUUGGUAAACUCCAAGUGCUUAUUUUAACAACGGCUAAUCGGCUAAUCAUUUCAAAGCACUGUCUGUCUCUUGCCUUUCCCCCGCCCACACUGUCAAUCAGGCAAACGCAGCCAGUCAGCAGCUUGCAGUGCCACACACCACUGUGUAGUCACCUCCCUGUGUUGUCAGCCAGGGGAUGUCUCUACACGUCUGUUCUGUGCUUGCACAGCUGUUGAUACUGAUAGCACAUCCUGGGCACCAGGUCUGUUAUAGCACGUAUAAGGUGACCAGUUGACUGCUUGUUGCAUUGAAAUCCGUCCGCUUUGAAGAGAAGGUAUUUUUGGAAUGGUUUUUUUUUUUUUUUUUAAAUCUUAUUUUAUUAUUUUUAAUUCUAUGUCAGUGUUCUAGAUGAACUCAACUGCUUUCAGUUACAGGUAGCAUUAUUGUUACAUCAGCAUUAGAAUGUUCACAUGAGAACAUUCUAAUCACAUGGUUGUGAUCUCACACCUUAAAGGGUUAAUUGUGUCACUGUAUGCCAUGAUCACGUUACAGCAGUCACAGCCACAGCAGCUGAAGUCAUGUUAUUUGAUACUUUGUUCAUUUUUUUGGGGGGUCUUUUUCCAGACAAUUGAGGAAUUCUUCAUUUCCUGGUGCUAAUAUCUGUGGUGUCUUCUUGUUCUCUGAAUUUGUCAUUUGCAUGAACAACAAGUGGCUUUAGAACAUGAACACAGUUCGUUCGGCAUAAAACUCCCUGGCUUUUUAUGAUCUCUACAGUUUUAGGGUUUUUAUUUUUUAUUUUACUUUUCUGUAGUCCUCGUUGAUUUUUUAACUUAAUGUAGAUCAGUGUACACACAUACAUAACUACCUCCACAGCUUAUGUGACGGCAAAAAUAUGAGAUAUUAUGAGUGUUCUGGUUCUGGUUUCCACGUCCGCCGAUCUGCGACCCGUCCGAUAUCGGCCCGGGUUCUUCGAACGCUGACGCCAAGCUGGACGUUCUCGAGACGACUGAUUGGUUUGGAGUGCUGCAGUUACCCACGAUUCCCGGCACUGCUGAGGCCGAUCUCUUGGCGGUCGAGGACUCUGGGGUCCCGCUUAACGAGCUCCGUGUUAUCGAGACGGGUUUUCGCUCCACCGAUUCUGUGUUCUUCCACCCUACCGUUAAAAGGCUAACUACCAGGACUUUGUGUUUUGCCCCCCAGAAACGAAAAAAAACAAAACUAAAAGCUGUUAUCUCUUAACUUAUAUGCAUUUUUUUUUUCUUUAAUCAGUUCUCGGACCUCAUUUCAAAUUUAGGACUAUUUCUGUUCAGAGAAAAAAAAAAAACUGAAAAAUAAUAAUAGUUUCUGUUCCUGACCUCUUAGUAUUAUAAUCUCACCUCAAAAGUGCAUCGAUCAGCAACGACUGUUGUCAAUGUUCCCCCCGAACCUAAACUGCAGAGUUCUCAGUACAGCAUUCAGUAUAGAAUUUGGCUCCAGUAUCUGAAAUGUAUUUUCCCCGUUUUGUUAUAAUAAUUAUUAUUUCAUAUGAAAACUUAUCAUUGCGGGAGUGUGAUCCGGCUGGCCAAGAGGGUGCUUUUCUCUCCCAAAAGGUGCUUUUUCGAAGGCCCGCCGCAUUUUGUGAACUUUCUUAAAUGUAAUCCGUUUUGGGGUUUGCUUUCGAAAGUCAAAAAUGGUGUAUUUGCAGCCGAGACAGCCUUGUAGAGACACGUUUGCACUUAAAUGCCUGGUCUGUGGUUGCUGUAAAAAAAAGUCCAUCCAGAAGGAUGCUCUGUUUAUAGUGUAAAAUAUUUCAUAUGAAAUAAUGAGAGUCCAUGAAAUGUCUUCCCUUAACAUUAUGAAUUUAUAACAGUGUACAAUAGCAUUGUUUUUAAUUGUGACAGUUAUAUCAUACUGUAAAUGAUGUUUACCUGUCAUGCUUAGUACAAUAAUUUAAAAAAAGAAGAAAUGAGGGAUUCUUUUGUAAUGUCUGUAAUAUUUGCAAGUCCCUAUUUGUGUAGUAAUGGUGUUUACUGUUGUUGUAGUGUAUGUGAUAUACCCUUUGGGGGGAUUGUGUUACUUUUUAAGCCAAUAAAAUAACAUGUUUGGUUAUGUGUUGCAA